AUGGGCAAGUUUGAGUUCCAGCAGUGCCCGCCGACGCCUGCGAGCAUGUCGACUGCUUUUGAGGUCCUGGAGUGGGUCAAUUCGCCUACCAACCUAACUCAUACCCAGGAUGUAGCAAUCGUAGGCAUGUCCUGCCGGACUGCCGGCGGGAACAACACCCCCGAGAAGCUGUGGAAGUUUCUCAUGGAGAAGAAGAAUGCCUCCGGAGAAGUUCCCAGGAAACGAUGGGAGCCGUGGCUGCGAAGAGAUCCGAGAAACGCGAAGAUCAUCGAGAAGACUACCUCGAAGGGCUACUUCAUCAACGACCUGGAGAACUUCGACGCUGCGUUCUUUGGUAUAUCUCCAAAGGAAGCGGAGCUCAUGGACCCGCACCAGCGACUCGCUCUUGAGCUUGCGUGGGAGUCUCUCGAGCAUGCGGGCAUUGAUCCCAAGAAGCUCGCUGGCUCUGAUACCGCCGUCUUCAUGGGCGUGGACUCUGACGAUUACUCGCGGCUUAUCAUGGAAGACCUCCCGAAUGUCGAGGCCUGGUCGGGCAUCGGCACUGCGUACCAUGGGAUCCCGAAUCGGAUAUCAUAUCAUCUCGACUUCAUGGGACCAAGCACCGCCGUCGACGCCGCGUGCGCAUCUUCGCUCAUUGCAAUUCAUCUCGGUCGGCAAGCGAUCUUAGCCGGAGAAUCCAACGUUGCUUUGUGCGGCGGCGUGAAUGUCCUUUGCGCCCCCGGUCUCACGCAUAUGCUUGACAAAGCCGGCGCCCUUUCCCCCGACGGCGUCUGCCUCUCCUUCGACGACGAUGCGCACGGCUACGCAAGGGGCGAAGGAGGUGCUAUCGUCGUGCUCAAGAGGCUCUCAAGCGCCAUCGCCGACAACGACAACAUCCUGGCUGUGCUGAAGGGAAGCGCCACGGCACAAGACGGUAAAACAAAUGGCAUCAUGGCACCGAACGCGAAGGCACAGGAGAUGGUAGCCAGGCAGGCUUUGCUGCGAGGUGGCAGCAUUGACCCGUCUACUAUUGGUUAUGUCGAAGCACACGCUACGUCGACGUCUCUCGGUGACCCAACUGAGGUCGGCGCCAUCGCGAACGUCUAUGGGGUCGGACGAUCGCGCGACGCUCCGUGCGCAAUCGGGUCGAUCAAGCCUAACGUAGGCCAUCUUGAAGCUGCUGCUGGCGCGAUUGGAUUCGUCAAGGCCGUCCUAGCCGUGCAGAAGGGCGAACUUGCUCCUCAAACACUGCUCACGAAGCUCAACACGCGGGUGGACUGGGAGAACUCUGGACUCAAGGUCGUGCGGGAGUCUUCAGAGUGGCCGCAGACGUCCAGCCUUCGCAGAGCUGCCGUUUGCUCUUACGGUUACGGCGGAAGCGUAUCGCACGCUGUCAUCGAGCAAGCACCUCCCGCGUACGUCAUUGCGCAAGCGUCCAAGAAGGAUGAUGCCGAUAAGGAUAUAAGCGGUGUGGUUUCGCUUGUUCUCUCUGCGCACCAGGAGAAGAGACUUGCUGGUCAAGCCGCCGCUCUAGCCGAGUGGCUCGUUGGCGAUGGCAAGAGGGAGAGCAUAAAGGCUGUUGCGAGCACGCUUGCACAGCGCCGCGCGGCACAGGACUACAGAGUCUCUUUCACUGUGAACAGCCACGACGAAGCCGUGAAAGCGCUCAGAGACUUCGCCAAUGGCACUUCCGGCCAAUGGGUGGCCAGCAGUCGGGUCCUUGGAAGCAGUGUGAAGAAGGGCGUUGUGUGGGUGUUUUCCGGGCACGGCGCUCAGUGGCCGGAUAUGGGCAAGGAGCUGCUGAAGAACCCUGUCUUCUACCAAGCGAUCUCCGCCUUGAACUGGGUCAUCGAAAAGGAAGCAGGCUUCUCAGCGCUUUUGGCACUCCAGCGCGGAGAGCUAGGCUGUUCGGACCGGGUUCAGGUCCUGACCUACCUCGUUCAAGUUGGCCUGGCUGAGGUCCUCCGAUCAAAGGGCGUCGAGCCGCAAGCCAUCAUCGGUCACUCCGUUGGCGAAAUCGCUGCCUCCGUAACUGCGGGCUGCCUCACUCCCGAAGAGGGUGCCCUAGUGGUGUCGCGACGAGCCAAGUUAUAUGCGCAGGUUAAGGGGCAGGGUGGGAUGGCUCUCAUCAACCUCCCCUUCUCGCAGGUGGUUAGCGAGCUCGGCAGCCGACGCGACGUCGUUGCCGCCAUCAACUCUUCUCCUUCAUCCUGCGUAGUCAGCGGCGAACUGGCACCGCUAGAACAGUACCUCUCGGCCCUGGACGAGCGAGGCGUCAAGACGUUCCGUGUCAAGACUGAUAUCCCUUUCCACUCGCCUAUGCUCGAGAAGCUCGUGACCCCGUUGACGCGCUCACUUGCUAGAGUUCUCGAUCCUCGCCCAGCUACGGUUCCGAUCUACUCAACCUCCAACACAAAUCCUCGCACCGACAGCCUUCGCGACAUUGACUACUGGACAUACAAUAUGGUUUAUCCUGUGCAGCUUCAUGAGGCGGUGGAAGCGGCGAUCGAGGACGGACUACGUAUCUUCCUCGAGGUUUCGACGCAUCCGAUUGUUACGCACUCUAUCAAUGAGACUCUCGCCGCUGCUGGCGUGGACGAGUCGGCUACGAUUGGUAUCAUGAAGCGAGACACGCCCGCUGAGAAGAGCAUUCUCCAUGCAGUUUCUCAGCUCCAUACGCUUGGUGCUACAGUCAAAUUUCAGACUCAACUCGGCACCACUCAUUGGGCGACCACAGUCCCCAACACUCCGUGGGUCCAGAAGCCUUACUGGAAGGAGAUCGAGACUGGGUCCAUUGGCGCCGCACAGCAACAUGACGUCGAUAAACACACGCUCUUGGGGCAACGCACCGAUAUCGCAGGGUCGGAGACUCGCAUCUUCACCACGACCCUCGAUGACAAGACAAAACCUUAUCCGCUCAUUCAUCCUUUGGAUGGAACCGAGAUCAUCCCUGCUGCUGUUUACUGCAACACGUUCCACCAUGCCACCGGUGCGACAGUUCUGGACGGCUUGCAGCUCCGCAUUCCUACCCCCAUGACCGCGGACCAGCGCGAAGUUCAGGUUGCGGUACAGGGUGACUUGCUUCAGUUAUCCUCGCGUUUGAAGUCAUCGCAGGGUAUCUCUCGCGAUUUGCAGCACGCGUGGAUCGACCACAGCUCCUGCAAGUGGAGUAUCCAAGAUAUGUCAGAUUUCCAGAAGACGUAUGAUAUCGAAGUGGUCAAGAAGCGCAUUGGUACCUUGCUGCCCAACAGCUUCGCCUGGGAUUUCCUCCAGAAGAUCGGAGUUUCUGGAAUCGCCUACCCCUGGGCGGUUCUGGAGCACUAUGGCAACGACAAGGAGAUGAUCGUCAAGAUGGACAUGGAUCCGGAGAACGACUCUAUGAGUUGGGAUCCGCAGUCGUGGGCACCUUUCCUCGAUGCCGCGACCUCAGUCGGCUCCUCUGUCUUCUUCAACAGCCCCAAGAUGCGUAUCGUCUCCGGCAUCGACCAAGUUCAGUUCGUCUCUAACGAAGCUCCACCAAAAGUCGGAUACCUCUACAUCGAAGAGGUGAACGACACGAAGAGCUUGGCGGCUAACAUCAGCGUGCUGAACGAGCGAGGCGAACUGCAGGCUAAGCUUCAGUCUAUGAGGUUCUCCGACGUGGAAGCGGCUUCUGAUAGGACUACGGGCGUCGAUGCGCUUGUCCAUCAGGUCGCCUGGGUCCCACCUACUUUCUCCGAGAAGCCUAUACCGUUGGACUAUGUUCUCCUCGUUUGCAACGAUUCUGAGCUUUCGAAGAAUUACGCCAGCGAGUUGAAGCCGCUUACGCGAACCCUAGUGCAAGCUGCGUCGGUGCAAGACUUCAACCAGCCGGUCGUAUUGAACUUGCUCAGCCAGAAGAACGCAAACGUGAUUUACGUUCCCGAGAGCGUCCACAGCCUUGAUGAAGUUCCAGAGAAGGCACAUGCGUUCACCUGGGAGGCUGCCAGCAUCUUGAAGAUUCUCCCGACUCUUCAUGCUGCGCCUAAGCUCUUCAUCGUUACUGAUAACGUCUACAAGGGCGCAUCGCCUACUGCCCUAGCUCAGUCUCCGCUCUACGGCUUCGCUCGCAUCGCAGCGCAGGAGCAUCCAGAGCUUUGGGGUGGCCUGAUCGAUAAUGAAGGCCCGCAUUUCCCUCUGCUGGCUGUCAAGUAUGUGCAAGAGCAGGAUGUUAUCCGCAUGCAAGACGGCUUGCCUCGCGUUGGUCGCAUGAGACCGUUCGCAAAGAACCAGCGCUACGACGCCGGCUCUGCGAAGACGCUUCUGCCGAAACCACACGGAACGUACGUGGUUACCGGCGGUUUUGGCGAUCUCGGCGUCGAAGUUCUCGACUUCCUCGUCGCGAAGGGCGCUCGUCGCAUCGUUGUUGCUUCGCGCCGCAACCUCCCGCCGCGCAGCGAGUGGCAGAACGGUACCGGACAGAUGAAAGUCGUUGUGGACAAAAUCCAGGAGCUUGAAGCCAAGGGCGCCACCAUCUACAGCAUCGCCCUCGACAUCGGGGCCCCAGACGCACAUCACCAACUAUCAUCCGCCCUUGAACGCCUCUACCUCCCUCCAGUCCUCGGCGUCGUCCAUGCUGCUGGCGUCAACGAAGACGGCCUCAUCAGGGAUACCACAUCCGAAUCCUUCUCCCGCGUCUUCAGCCCCAAAGUCGCAGGCGCACUCGCCCUGCACAAAGCCUUCCCUCCCACAACGCUCGACUUCUUCAUCCUCUUCUCCUCCAUCGGACAACUCGUCGGCACAUCAGGCCAGUCCCCGUACGGCGCCGCUAACGCCUUCCUCGACGCGCUCGCCACGCAUCGCAGAGAGCAAGGAGACAAUGCGAUCGCGUUCCAGUGGACCGCGUGGCGCGGCAUGGGGCUCGCCGCCGACUCGGAGUUCCUGACCAUCGAGCUGUCGAGUAAGGGCAUCACGGACAUUACCUGCGAGGAAGGGUUCCAGGCCUGGGAGCACCUGUCGGCCUACAAUACGGACCAUGCCGUUGUAACGCGCGCAAGGGUCCUCGAAGCUGAUGAGCCGAUCCCGUAUCCGCUUGUUGCGGAGAUCGCACCGCGGCGCGCUCGCGCUUCUCAUCCUACUAUGGCCAUCGACGCCCCUGAGCUGUCGUCAUCUAAGCCCUCUUCCGGCCCUGAGCUCAAAGUUUGGCUUGGUACGAAGAUCAAAGAGUGUAUUGGCGCGGUAUUGCAUCUUGACGUCGAAGAGAUUGACGACCGCGCUGCGAUUGCGGAUCUGGGCGUCGACAGCGUUAUGACGGUUGCGUUGAGACAGAAGCUGCAGCAGGUGAUGGGCGUUAAGGUGCCGCCGACGCUGACGUGGAAUCAUCCGACGGUGGGGCAUUUGGUGGAGUGGUUUUUCGUGAAGGAGGUUGGGGAGUAG